CGCAUGCGCAGCUCCGCUCCCGUCGGGCUCCGGACGCGCUCGUCGUCGUGGUGGAGACUUGUCCUUCCUCUGGCCCGUCGUCACCAUGGUGAAGCUGAGCAAAGAAGCCAAGCAGAGGCUGCAGCAGCUCUUCAAGGGCGGCCAGUUUGCGAUCCGCUGGGGCUUUAUUCCUCUCGUGAUUUACCUGGGAUUUACGAGGGGUGCAGAUCCUGGAAUGCCUGAACCUUCAGUUUUAAGCCUGCUUUGGGGAUAAAGGACUCAUCAUCUGGAUUUGGAAGCCAUCCAACAUGGAAAGUGUAUCCUCUGACUGGAUAAGAAAGACUUCGUUUCAACACAUCUGUGGCUGAGUGGAGCCUUGCUGGCCUAUAGUAGACUGUCAAAAUAAAUAUUUUUUAACAAUGUUA